AUGAUAGAACGCUGUUCAGUCUCCUCCGGCGAGCAUGCCACAGGGCCUUCCAUUAGACAGAGCCUGCCACACCAUGCCCAUCCGGCUGUACGUACAGCCGACGCCAAAGUCCAUCAAGCCCAAGGGGAAUACAGAAACUGUCCCGUUCCCGAGCUAUGCUUGUUUGAUGACGGGAGUCGCUGGCGUGGCACUGCAUCAGACGAGGGUUUGCCUUCAAGAGACACAGAAGAGGCUCCCCAGAAACAGGCCGCAGAGCAGCACCGGCACCAGCACCAUCGACCGCAGCAGUACCCGCAAGAGCAGGGGGGAGCAGCCGCUAUCUAUGCGAAUUUGCAUGCAUGCGUAGAGGCACUCGACACUCCAGGUAAGGGCUCUGACUGCUCAGAAGCCUCCAAGGGCCUUCCCCCCUUGCCGCCUCCUCAUGCCUCCCCUGAGGAGCGGAGUGCUCAGACAGUGACACCAGAGAAAGAGGAUCCCUUCGCGUUGGGCGAACAGCCUAGCACUUGCCUGGAGGGGCCCCCAGGACCGGAGACGUGGAGAGCAAAGCCCCACCGUGAAGGGGCCUCGGAAGGCUUGUGGGCCCCCCCGGAACCUUUGCUGACCGGAGGGCACGAACCUCGUGGAGGCCCCCAGGGGGCCCCUAAGAAGAAACUUCAGGAGAGCCACUCUGCUCGAAGUCUUGCUUCAUCGGUGAGAAUGCCACUGUCUGACGUGCAGGAGGCGGCAUCCUCGGGUGAGCAGGCGACUUCAAACAGCAGUGCCUCGAUGAGAAGCGGCCGGAGCGGAUUGCAUCCCAAGAAAGCUUCCACCUCCAGCAGUGGAACGGUACAGGCCGGCGAGGCCCCCUGCGCAUUGGAGGACCUCUUCUUGCCUCGUUCACAGGUUCUUGAGGAAAAGGGGGGGAGGAGGAAGCGCUCCUCGCGAGCCGCUCCCGCGCGCAGAGACAUAUCCGGUGGAAGGCCUGCUAGUGCUUUCGAAGACUCCCAGGGGGCCCCCUCUGGCGAGCGCCCUCUGCAGCAAAUCCUUAGCGACUUGAUCCGUGCGGCAAUGGACCGGUUUGAAUCCCUGGCGCUUGAGCGCGUGGAGGCCCUAAUACGGCAGACCUGGGGCCCCCGAGUGAAGAGACUCAGGUCUGAGACAGACGUGUCUAUGCAGGUUAAUGAUCAACUCCUCCAGUCUUUAAACCUCGAAGGCCUCACUACGGGAGAGUUACAGGCAGUGCUCAAUCUCUCGGAGGAGCUGCGAGCCUAUGAGGCGCUUGCUGCGCCAUCGGGGAGGCCUUGGGAGGAGAGUUCCCCCGCUAAGGUACACUUCGAGUCUGCGAAUUCGAGCCGACUCUCCCCAAGGGGGGGCCCCGUCGUGUCUUGCGGUGGGCGGCCACCUCUCGGAGGCCCUCAGGGGCCCCUGCCCGACUUUGUAGUCACUCCGUGCGGCUCUGUGAGGAAGGUCGCAAGCGCGCUGCAGCAGCGGAGGGAAUUUCUAGACGCGAUAGAUGAGACAGAUGGCUUUGAAGACUUUCUUCGAGAGCUAAAGGUGCUGCCUUCUUCCAAGCAUGGCCCCGCGGAGUCUCCCUCACUUGCAGCAGCAGCAACAGCAGCCGCGGGGUUCAUGGACGCAAGCACCGGGAAGGCAAGCCCCUCCCCCGCCAGUCUAAAAAGUUCCCGGAGACGAUCGCGACCCAGCUUACAGAGGAAGGGCGGAGGGCCUCCCAAGGGGCAUCAGAGGCCCCUACCUGCCAAGGAACCCUACCAGUGGCAGGGGGAGAAGGCGCCUGCUAAGGCGUACUGCAGGGUUGCACGGGCCCUUAACCUCUUUGCCGAUACAGCCGUACCGUUUGAAGCGCCUCAAACUGGAGGCAUGGCGCUUAGCAGGGAAGAUGCCGCUGCAGCAGCUCGCUACGCAAGCCCCCCGUCAGAGCAGCAGCAGUUUUCUCUAGAGGAAGGCAGGGAAAAGACUCCCAGGCUUGAUGCAGGCGCGUCUACUUUUCAUUUGUUGAGCGCACCCUCCGAGGCUGCGACCUCGUUUUGCAGUGGGGGGCCCCGCGGGUCACGCCGUCCCGCGGGACUUGGCAGUGGCAGCAGUAACAGCAGCAGCAGCAGCAGCAGCAGUAACAGCAGCAGCAGCAGCAGCAGCAGCAGCAGCAGCAGCGCGGCGGACCACGAUAGCGGUCACCCCUCCGGUCCCACCCAUCUUGGUAGGGCUUUUGCAUCCCUGAAAUCUUCCUGCGGGCACUCCGGCGACGCUUCAGUCAGCAGUCUGCGCUCUCCCGUCAAGGGGGUGUAUUAUGAUAGCUUCAAGAAGCUGUGGAGGGUCCAGUGGCACACAGCAGGCGAUCCAAGGGGCCCUGCUGAAGGCAGACGUAUGUCUCGUUCCUUCAGCUGUAGUCGACUGGGAUUCGACGCCGCAAGGGCAAGAGCCGUGGCGUGGAUGCUCUCUGGGGGCCUCGUGGGAGACGGUGGUGUGGAGCUGCCCACAAGGAGUGCCCACGGGACGCUUCCACUCGGCCUCUCUAAGCUCUGCUCGAUGUUGGCUGCUACAGCGGGCUGGGAAAUGAUUGAGGAUCGGCAGAUUAAAGAAUUUGUCGCGUUUUACGAUCCUAAGAAGUUCCUGCUGCGAGUGGAGGGGUACUACGUAGCGCAGAAGCUGUGCGGAGGGUCUCUAACCCCGUCACCCUGUUCGGCGCUCCCUUUGAGCGCCAGCAACGCCCUUCCCUCGAGCAUCAACUGCAGGGAGACUGGCGUAGGGGUGCCCAGUGUACCUCUUCCUCCUGAAACAGCCCCUACAUGUCCUGACAUGCGGGGGGCGUUGGCGGGGAAAAGGGGCCCUCGAGGUGCUCUCUUGAGCAGCAGGCAGCAGCGCGCGCUAUCACCCCUUGGCCUAGAUGAUAUGCUUAGAAUAGUGUGGGGGAGUCCUGAGGAUGCCGCAGCGUAUAUUAUUACCGGCUUAAAUGGCGGGGAACCCCCCGAAGGGCCCCCAUGUGAAAGCCGGGGCCUCCCGGACCCAGAGGGAGACGUCAAAUGUGAACCAGCAGCGAGCCCAGCAAAUGCUGAAGGCGUGUCGGCGAAAGCAGAGGAUAUUUUGUACACCUCUUGA